GGUGUGUGUGCUGGUGUGUGUGCUGGUCGUGUGGCGUGUGUGUGCGGGGCGUGUGUGUGUGUGCUGGUGUGUGUGGCAUCAAUGCACUGGUCCGGUGGGGGGAUGUGCUGGAUGUUGGUGCUGCUGCUGGUCUCGGUGUUGGGGGGGCAGUGCCAGUUGUGUGCGGGGGGGCGGGCCAAAGGUCGCAGGAGGCAGAAAGACACCCGUGCCCAGAUCACCGAGCUGCUGAACACCACCCUCGCUGGCACAGAGGAGCGCGGGCACAGGAAGAUUACGGAGCUCCAUGGGUUAGAUCCUCAAGGAUCCUGGAGAGAUUUUGUCAAUCGGCCUGACGACACCCUCCAACGCCGCGCUCGAAACAAGAAGAGAACUCUGGUUGGUGAUGACAUCACAGAGCUGCCUUCUGCUCCAUCAACAGUUAAACCAGGCCCCCCCGGCCCUCCGGGCCCCCCAGGGCCACGCGGCCCCCCAGGAGCGGCAGUCACUCAGAGCGUCCUGCUGCAGGAUUUCAAACAGAUGAUCAGAGAGGCGACGCAGCGGAGGGAACUGCCCCUGGAGGGAGGAGCCAACGCCAGCCCCUCCCCAGGUCUGGUUGCCGUGGGAGACUCAAUGUUCCUGCGCCGGAUAGAGGAGGCGUUCCUCUGCAAACUCAGACAACCAAUCACAGUGGAGAAGAGGGGCGUGGCAGAGAUGCACAGCUUUCAAAUACCAACAGCAAAAGGGGGCUUCAUGAGGGGGGCGGGGCUUGACCUCUCCUCUGGACGCUUCACUGCACCGCUGACCGGCAUCUACCAGCUCUCUACCAACCUGCACAUCAGCAGAGCAGAUCACAGUGAACCACACAGAAGCAGAGGUCAGCUGAGGCCACCGGAGCAUGUGCGUGUUCACAUCUGCAUCCAGUCCCUGUGUAACAGACACAUAUCUCUGGAGACUGUGGUCAGCAUGGAGGGUAGUGGCCAGCUCUUCACUGUGUGUGUCCAUGGACUGCUGGAGCUACAGGUGGGGCAGUACGUGUCCGUGUCCGUGGUCAACGAGUCAGCGUCUCCCAUCACUGUCCAGGAAGACUCAGACUUCACUGGCCUCCUCCUGGGCCUAUAGUCCAGCUCCAGAACCACACGUGUGAUCCAAGUCCAGCUCGAGGUCUUAGUCUCCAGACAGACUGUGGCUCUUAGUCAGUCGUAGCAUAUGGCAGUGGGUCCCUGAUGCCUGUGUGUGUGUGUGUGUGUGUGUGUGUGGUGUGUGUGUGUGUGUGUGUGUGUGUGUGUGUGCCUGUCUCAGACGGAUGUGUUCACUUUGAAUGGGAAGACGCCAUUCGUUGCCGAACUGAAUUGUGGUUCCGUUGCGUUGCGUUGCUUGCGCCGAAAGUUGAAAAAGUUUUCGAGAGACAACGCAUGCGCCAGUCAAUCAAAUAGCGACGCUGGAAAAAAAAAAGAUGCCGGACUUAACUCCGUAGAUGGUCGUAUUUGUACAUAAAAGUUGUUUGAUGACUUUUUUUUUUGCUUAGAUUUUUUUAA